UCAUACCAUCUGUUCCAACAUUUGCACCUACAGGAAAUACACAAUCAUCAGAAUCUACUUCAAUGCCAACCACAAAUGUGUUGACCAAAUCAACCUCCAUUAAUCAUUCUAAAGAGACUUUUUCCUCCACAAAUACAGAUGUUUAUCAAACAACACCUGUGUUUUUGUCAAAGACCACUCACUUUACUCAAACACCUUUAACUGACAAUACAGAUACACGUUUAAACACAACAAUAACUGAUUCAAAACCCUCAAUUACUCAAGAAACAUCUGCACCAACCAAAACAUCUGCCACACCACCAUCAACAGAUGUUACAAUACAGAAAUCUACUGGACAGGUAAAUAUUAUGGAAUCCACAACCUUGCCAACCACCAACACAAUGACAUCAACCAAGUUUCAUCAAUUCAAAACAUUCAGCUCAUCAGGUACAACACAGUUUACUCCAGUGUCUACAACAUACAAUGCUGGAACAAGUCCAACCAGUGCAGAUACAAGUCUACUUUCAUCAGCAAGUAAGGAACCAUCGUUAACCAAAUCACCACCAACCGACACACAAUCUACACCAACCACCAUUGACUAUGCUAAAGUUACCUUUUCAUCAACAAUUACAGUGGAUGUCAACACUAAACCCACUGAACCUCCUCUACCAACUACUCAGUUUCAUGAAACCUCCUCACCCCACAGAACAGAAACAAGUGUCAGUAGAACUACAACAAAGUCACAACCACCAGCUAGUCAGGAAAUAUCUGCACAAACCCUUUCAUCUACUGUGAGACAGUCUACACCUGUUACAAAUGUAAAAGUAACUGAAACAAUGCAUUCUACAGAAUCAUCAACACCUCUAACAAUAAACAGACUACCAUCCACCAACAUGGAUGAAUCCAAAACAACUACUGGUACGACACACUUUACUCCGUCUACAGUCCACAUGGUUGAAACAAGUGUAAGCAGUGGAGCUACAAGUCUACCUCCAUCAGCAAGUCAGGAAAAUUCUUCAACCAAGAAUUCACCAACACAAUCACAGUCUUCACCUGUUCCUGCUUUAACACCCACAGGAACAUCAAAACCAACAGAGUCAACAUCAGUGAUAUCCACUAAUGAAUUUAUUAAAUCAGCUAUAGUGGAACAUUCCAAAUCAACCUUUUCCUCCCCAAACACAAUCAUGUACAUCACUUCAUCCUCUGAAAUUCCUCCAAGAACCACUGAUUCAGGAACAACCAGAACUACAACAACUGCACAGUCAUCAGUUACUCAAGAAACAUCUGCAUUAACUGUGUCCUCUACCACUGAGACACAGUCUACAAAUGUCAUGACAAUGAAAUACACUGAAUCAAUGUAUUCCACUGUAGACAACACUGAUACAAGUCUAACCAGUGCAGUCACAAGUCUACCACCAUCUACAAGUGAGGCAACAUCUUUUACCAAGGCUUUCCCCACACAGACAUUCAUACCAUCUGUUCCAACAUUUGCACCUACAGGAAAUACACAAUCAUCAGAAUCUACUUCAAUGCCAACCACAAAUGUGUUGACCAAAUCAACCUCCAUUACUCAUUCUAAAGAGACUUUUUCUUCCAAAAAUACAGAUGUUUAUCAAACAACACCUGCGUUUUUGUCAAAGACCACUCACUUAUCUCAAACACCUUUAAAUGACAGUACAGAUACACGUUUAAACACAACAAUAACUGAUUCAAAAUCCUCAAUUACUAAAGAAACAUCUGCACCAACCAAAGCAUCUGCCACACCACCAUCAACAGAUGUUACAAUACGGAAAUCUACUGGACAGGUAAAUAUUAUGGAAUCCACAACCUUGCCAACCACCAACACAAUGACAUCAACCAAGUUUCAUCAAUCCAAAACAUUCAACUCAUCAGGUACAACACAGUUUACUCCAGUGUCUAUAACAUACAAUGCUGGAACAAGUCCAACCAGUGCAGAUACAAGUCUACUUUCAUCAGCAAGUAAGGAACCAUCAUUAACCAAAUCACCACCAACCGACACAAAAUCUACACCAACCACAAUGGACUAUGCUAAAGUUACCUUUUCAUCAACAAUUACAGUGGAUGUCAACACUAAACCCACUGAACCUCCUCUACCAACUACUCAGUUUCAUGAAACCUCCUCACCCCACAGAACAGAGACAAGUGUCAGUAGAACUACAACAAAGUCACAACCACCAGCUAGUCAGGAAAUAUCUGCACAAACCCUUUCAUCUACUGUGAGACAGUCUACACCUGUUACAAAUGUAAAAGCCACUGAAACAAUGCAUUCUACAGAAUCAUCAACACCUCUAACAGUAAACAGACUACCAUCCACCAACAUGGAUGAAUCCAAAACAACUACUGGUACGACACACUUUACUCCGUCUACAGUCCACAUGGUUGAAACAAGUGUAAGCAGUGGAGCUACAAGUCUACCUCCAUCAGCAAGUCAGGAAAAUUCUUCAACCAAGAAUUCACCAACACAAUCACAGUCUUCACCUGUUCCUGCUUUAACACCCACAGGAACAUCAAAACCAACAGAGUCAACAUCAGUGAUAUCCACUAAUGAAUUUACUAAAUCAGCUAUAGUGGAACAUUCCAAAUCAACCUUUUCCUCCCCAAACACAAUCAUGUACAUCACUUCAUCCUCUGAAAUUCCUCCAAGAACCACUGAUUCAGGAACAACCAGAACUACAACAACUGCACAGUCAUCAGUUACUCAAGAAACAUCUGCAUUAACUGUGUCCUCUACCACUGAGACACAGUCUACAAAUGUCAUGACAAUGAAAUACACUGGAUCAAUGUAUUCCACUGUAGACAACACUGAUACAAGUCUAACCAGUGCAGUCACAAGUCUACCACCAUCUACAAGUGAGGAAACAUCUUUUACCAAGGCUUUCCCCACAGAGACAUUCAUACCAUCCGUUCCAACAUUUGCACCUACAGGAAAUACACAAUCAUCAGAAUCUACUUCAAUGCCAACCACAAAUGUGUUGACCAAAUCAGCCUCCAUUAAUCAUUCUAAAGAGACUUUUUCUUCCACAAAUACAGAUGUUUAUCAAAAAACACCUGCGUUUUUGUCAAAGACCACUCACUUUACUCAAACACCUUUAACUGACAAUACAGAUACACGUUUAAACACAACAAUAACUGAUUCAAAACCCUCAAUUACUCAAGAAACAUCUGCACCAACCAAAACAUCUGCCACACCACCAUCAACAGAUGUUACAAUACGGAAAUCUACUGGACAGGUAAAUAUUAUGGAAUCCACAAGCUUGCCAACCACCAACACAAUGACAUCAACCAAGUUUCAUCAAUUCAAAACAUUCAGCUCAUCAGGUACAACACAGUUUACUCCAGUGUCUACAACAUACAAUGCUGGAACAAGUCCAACCAGUGCAGAUACAAGUCUACUUUCAUCAGCAAGUAAGGAACCAUCGUUAACCAAAUCACCACCAACCGACACACAAUCUACACCAACCACCAUUGACUAUGCUAAAGUUACCUUUUCAUCAACAAUUACAGUGGAUGUCAAUACUAAACCCACUGAAACUCCUCUACCAACUACUCAGUUUCAUGAAACCUCCUCACCCCACAGAACAGAGACAAGUGUCAGUAGAACUACAACAAAGUCACAACCACCAGCUAGUCAGGAAAUAUCUGCACAAACCCCUUCAUCUACUGUGAGACAGUCUACACCUGUUACAAAUGUAAAAGCCACUGAAACAAUGCAUUCUACAGAAUCAUCAACACCUCUAACAAUAAACAGACUACCAUCCACCAUUAUGGAUGAAUCCAAAACAACUACUGGUACGACACACUUUACUCCGUCUACAGUCCACAUGGUUGAAACAAGUGUAAGCAGUGGAGCUACAGUUCUACCUCCAUCAGCAAGUCAGGAAAAUUCUUCAACCAAGAAUUCACCAACACAAUCACAGUCUUCACCUGUUCCUGCUUUAACACCCACAGGAACAACAAAACCAACAGAGUCAACAUCAGUGAUAUCCACUAAUGAAUUUACUAAAUCAGCUAUAGUGGAACAUUCCAAAUCAACCUUUUCCUCCCCAAACACAAUCAUGUACAUCACUUCAUCCUCUGAAAUUCCUCCAAGAACCACUGAUUCAGGAACAACCAGAACUACAACAACUGCACAGUCAUCAGUUACUCAAGAAACAUCUGCAUUAACUGUGUCCUCUACCACUGAGACACAGUCUACAAAUGUCAUGACAAUGAAAUACACUGAAUCAAUGUAUUCCACUGUAGACAACACUGAUACAAGUCUAACCAGUGCAGUCACAAGUCUACCACCAUCUACAAGUGAGGAAACAUCUUUUACCAAGGCUUUCCCCACAGAAACAUUCAUACCCUCUGUUCCAACAUUUGCACCUACAGGAAAUACACAAUCAUCAGAAUCUACUUCAAUGCCAACCACAAAUGUGUUGACCAAAUCAACCUCCAUUAAUCAUUCUAAAGAGACUUUUUCUUCCACAAAUACAGAUGUUUAUCAAACAACACCUGCAUUUUUGUCGAAGACCACUCACUUUACUCAAACACCUUACACUGACAUUACAGAUACACGUUUAAACACAACAAUAACUGAUUCAAAACCCUCAAUUACUCAAGAAACAUCUGCACCAACCAAAACAUCUGCCACACCACCAUCAACAGAUGUUACAAUACGGAAAUCUACUGGACAGGUAAAUAUUAUGGAAUCCACAACCUUGCCAACCACCAACACAAUGACAUCAACCAAGUUUCAUCAAUCCAAAACAUUCAGCUCAUCAGGUACACCACAGUUUACUCCAGUGUCUAUAACAUACAAUGCUGGAACAAGUCCAACCAGUGCAGAUACAAGUCUACUUUCAUCAGCAAGUAAGGAACCAUCAUUAACCAAAUCACCACCAACCGACACAAAAUCUACACCAACCACAAUGGACUAUGCUAAAGUUACCAUUUCAUCAACAAUUACAGUGGAUGUCAACACUAAACCCACUGAACCUCCUCUACCAACUACUCAGUUUCAUGAAACCUCCUCACCCCACAAAACAGAGACAAGUGUCAGUAGAACUACAACAAAUUCACAACCACCAGCUAGUCAGGAAAUAUCUGCACAAACCCUUUCAUCUACUGUGAGACAGUCUACACCUGUUACAAAUGUAAAAGCCACUGAAACAAUGCAUUCUACAGAAUCAUCAACACCUCUAACAAUAAACAGACUACCAUCCACCAUUAUGGAUGAAUCCAAAACAACUACUGGUACGACACACUUUACUCCGUCUACAGUCCACAUGGUUGAAACAAGUGUAAGCAGUGGAGCUACAGUUCUACCUCCAUCAGCAAGUCAGGAAAAUUCUUCAACCAAGAAUUCACCAACACAAUCACAGUCUUCACCUGUUCCUGCUUUAACACCCACAGGAACAACAAAACCAACAGAGUCAACAUCAGUGAUAUCCACUAAUGAAUUUACUAAAUCAGCUAUAGUGGAACAUUCCAAAUCAACCUUUUCCUCCCCAAACACAAUCAUGUACAUCACUUCAUCCUCUGAAAUUCCUCCAAGAACCACUGAUUCAGGAACAACCAGAACUACAACAACUGCACAGUCAUCAGUUACUCAAGAAACAUCUGCAUUAACUGUGUCCUCUACCACUGAGACACAGUCUACAAAUGUCAUGACAAUGAAAUACACUGAAUCAAUGUAUUCCACUGUAGACAACACUGAUACAAGUCUAACCAGUGCAGUCACAAGUCUACCACCAUCUACAAGUGAGGAAACAUCUUUUACCAAGGCUUUCCCCACAGAAACAUUCAUACCCUCUGUUCCAACAUUUGCACCUACAGGAAAUACACAAUCAUCAGAAUCUACUUCAAUGCCAACCACAAAUGUGUUGACCAAAUCAACCUCCAUUAAUCAUUCUAAAGAGACUUUUUCUUCCACAAAUACAGAUGUUUAUCAAACAACACCUGCAUUUUUGUCGAAGACCACUCACUUUACUCAAACACCUUACACUGACAUUACAGAUACACGUUUAAACACAACAAUAACUGAUUCAAAACCCUCAAUUACUCAAGAAACAUCUGCACCAACCAAAACAUCUGCCACACCACCAUCAACAGAUGUUACAAUACGGAAAUCUACUGGACAGGUAAAUAUUAUGGAAUCCACAACCUUGCCAACCACCAACACAAUGACAUCAACCAAGUUUCAUCAAUCCAAAACAUUCAGCUCAUCAGGUACACCACAGUUUACUCCAGUGUCUAUAACAUACAAUGCUGGAACAAGUCCAACCAGUGCAGAUACAAGUCUACUUUCAUCAGCAAGUAAGGAACCAUCGUUAACCAAAUCACCACCAACCGACACACAAUCUACACCAACCACCAUUGACUAUGCUAAAGUUACCUUUUCAUCAACGAUUACAGUGGAUGUCAACACUAAACCAACUGAACCUCCUCUACCAACUACUCAGUUUCAUGAAACCUCCUCACCCCACAGAACAGAGACAAGUGUCAGUAGAACUACAACAAAGUCACAACCACCAGCUAGUCAGGAAAUAUCUGCACAAACCCUUUCAUCUACUGUGAGACAGUCUACACCUGUUACAAAUGUAAAAGCCACUGAAACAAUGCAUUCUACAGAAUCAUCAACACCUCUAACAAUAAACAGACUACCAUCAACCAACAUGGAUGAAUCCAAAACAACUACUGGUACGACACACUUUACUCCGCCUACAGUCCACAUGGUUGAAACAAGUGUAAGCAGUGGAGCUACAAGUCUACCUCCAUCAGCAAGUCAGGAAAAUUCUUCAACCAAGAAUUCACCAACACAAUCACAGUCUUCACCUGUUCCUGCUUUAACACCCACAGGAACAUCAAAACCAACAGAGUCAACAUCAAGGAUAUCCACUAAUGAAUUUACUAAAUCAGCUAUAGUGGAACAUUCCAAAUCAACCUUUUCCUCCCCAAACACAAUCAUGUACAUCACUUCAUCCUCUGAAAUUCCUCCAAGAACCACUGAUUCAGGAACAACCAGAACUACAACAACUGCACAGUCAUCAGUUACUCAAGAAACAUCUGCAUUAACUGUGUCCUCUACCACUGAGACACAGUCUACAAAUGUCAUGACAAUGAAAUACACUGAAUCAAUGUAUUCCACUGUAGACAACACUGAUACAAGUCUAACCAGUGCAGUCACAAGUCUACCACCAUCUACAAGUAAGGAAACAUCUUUUACCAAGGCUUUCCCCACAGAGACAUUCAUACCAUCUGUUCCAACAUUUGCACCUACAGGAAAUACACAAUCAUCAGAAUCUACUUCAAUGCCAACCACAAAUGUGUUGACCAAAUCAACCUCCAUUAAUCAUUCUAAAGAGACUUUUUCUUCUACAAAUACAGAUGUUUAUCAAACAACACCUGCGUUUUUGUCAAAGACCACUCACUUUACUCAAACACCUUUAACUGACAGUACAGAUACACGUUUAAACACAACAAUAACUGAUUCAAAACCCUCAAUUACUCAAGAAACAUCUGCACCAACCAAAACAUCUGCCACACCACCAUCAACAGAUGUUACAAUACGGAAAUCUACUGGACAGGUAAAUAUCAUUGAAUCCACAACCUUGCCAACCACCAACAAAAUGACAUCAACCAAGUUUCAUCAAUCCAAAACAUUCAGCUCAUCAGGUACAACACAGUUUACUCCAGUGUCUACAACAAACAAUGUUGGAACAAGUCCAACCAGUGCAGAUACAAGUCUACUUUCAUCAGCAAGUAAGGAACCAUCGUUAACCAAAUCACGACCAACCGACACACAAUCUACACCAACCACCAUGGACUAUGCUAAAGUUACCUUUUCAUCAACAAUUACAGUGGAUGUCAACACUAAACCCACUGAACCUCCUCUACCAACUACUCAGUUUCAUGAAACCUCCUCACCCCACAGAACAGAGACAAGUGUAAGUAGAACUACGACAAAGUCACAACCACCAGCUAGUCAGGAAAUAUCUGUACAAACCCUUUCAUCUAUUGUGAGACAGUCUACACCUGUUACAAAUGUAACAGCCACUGAAACAAUGCAUUCUACAGAAUCAUCAACACCUCUAACAAUAAACAGACUACCAUCCACCAACAUGGAUGAAUCCAAAACAACUACUGGUACAACACACUUUACUCCGUCUACAGUCCACAUGGUUGAAACAAGUGUAAGCAGUGGAGCUACAAGUCUACCUCCAUCAGCAAGUCAGGAAAAUUCUUCAACCAAGAAUUCACCAACACAAUCACAGUCUUCACCUGUUCCUGCUUUAACACCCACAGGAACAUCAAAACCAAUAGAGUCAACAUCAAGGAUAUCCACUAAUGGACUUACCAAAUCAGCAAUAGUGGAGUAUUCCAAAUCAACCUUUUCCUCCCCAAACACAAUCAUGUACAUCACAUCAUCCUCUGAAAUUCCUCCAAGGACAUAUCAGUUUACUGUAAAAUCUUCUUCUUACAGCACAGGUACAGGUCUAACAAGUACUAAAACAACUGCCCAGUCAUCAGUUAGACAAGAAACAUCACCUAAUCUGUCACCUACCACAGUCACACAGGCUGCAUCUGUUAUGACAGUAAAAUCAACUUUAAAAAUUACAUCUAUAGACUCAACAACAUCUAAAACACAAGACAAAAUGACAGCAUCAACCAAUUUAGCUCCAUUUGAAACUACACCAACUCCAACUGAUAAGAAUUUUAAAACAAGCAGUUUACAAACAAUAUCUCAUCCAUGGUCAAGUACGAAAUUGUCUCCAACUACAUCAAGAACAGAAUCAGAGUCUACUAAAGCAACACCAUCCUCACAACGGACAGAGUCAGCCACUCAUUCAGUCACAAAUGUAACAGUGUCAAGGUCAAGUGUGACAUCCCAAAAUGUUCCUACACCCACAUCAGAUCAACUGAAAGAAUUAACAACUUAUGAUGUGGUCCAAACAUCACUACUGACAACCAGAGAGCCACCGCGAACCACGCCAGUAGAACCUACAGAAACAACAUUGACAACACUUACACCUCAGACCAUGUUCUCCACAUCGCUGACUACAACUUACAAGCCCACAACAACAAUGUCCGCAUCUUCCACCUCCACUAAAGCAAGCAAUCGACUAACAUCCUCUGUAACUUCAUCUUCUCACCAGUUUACAACCACACCUCCCACAGCUUCCUCCCACAAAAACAAUUUGACACAUUCCACUCUUGCUUUUACUACUGAAAUCAAAACGACUAACAAAUCAAGCCUUAGUCCGACAACAUCAUCAAUGGCAUCAACAUCUGAGGCAUCUUUCUCCUCAAAAAUCGUCACUACAAAUGCAGCAACAGUCAGUCAGUCAACAUCUGCAGCUGGAACCUCCUCAAAUGCCACGGUAGCUUGGACAACACUUCCUACUACAUCACAGUGUAGGAACUGUCAGUGCAAUGGAGGCACCUGUUUCUUCAAUGUGACUCUAGGAAACUGUCAGUGUCGUUGUCCAGAAUUUGUCUUUGGAGAUUCCUGCUCUUUUGGACAAAAUGAUGCAUCUGCACAAAUUGAUACUGAAGAAGUGCCAACUCGAAAAGCCAGUGUCACUUUGGAAAUCUUCGUCGAUUAUCAGGAUACCUUCAGUGAUUUAAGCUCACCUGAAUCUUUAGCGUUUAUCCAGAAACUGGAACCAGAGCUUGAAGUUUUGUGCAGGAAAGCCGACCUGCAAGCUUAUAAAACGGUACAAAUCAUUAAAUUAUCGAAUGGAAGCGUCGUAGCAGAAAGUGUGGCUCAGUACAACUACCAAAACAAUGAUACACAAAUCCAGUUUUUAAACACUCAGCUUGAUCGUGUGCUGACGGAUAUCUUGAACAACACGAGGAACCUCAAUAACAUUUCUCAUGUUUUUGGAAAUAGCAAGGUGACGUUAAAUGAAGUCACUUUGCAGCAACCUCCAGUAAAAAAUAUCACCGACCUGAAGCCUUUUGUGAACUGUUCUCAAUAUUCUGGGUACUCUGCUGAGAUUGUUAACGGUGAAUGGAGGUGUGUUGGUUCUUGUAAAAACAAUCCGGACCUCUGCCAUCGACAGGGAGAUUGUUUUAAUGACAUAUUUAAAGGGCCUCUGUGCAAGUGUUAUAAAACCAGCUUUGAGGAGUACUCCGGUCCUCAGUGUGAGCUCUUCCACAGAACUCCAGCUUUCUAUGGAGUUUUGUUUGGAUCUCUGGGAGCUGCUCUUCUGCUUCUAGUCAUUAACAUCCUCGUUGUUGUCAUUUUCAAAAGGAGACAUUCGGGCAUUUGGAAAAGCUGUGACAUCUUUAAACGAAGACUGUCUCCUUUUGAGGAAGAUUUCUUUGAUGUCUCAGAGACCAGGGAUCAGAGCUUUGGACAUCAAGGAACUUUCACAUAUAAAUCAUACUAAUUUUGACACUAAACAUCAGGGUUCAUCGAAUCAUGGGAGCUUCUGACCAUCAACUACAGAAAUUAAUGCUCGUCAGAUAGUUUUGUACUUAAAUGUUUUAUGAGCUGAAAACAACUUUAAAGUAAAAUAUGUGCACUAUGUUGUUGUGACAUUUCUAAAUGUUUGUGUCCUCUAAGUGUUAUUUGUAGGUUUACAUUUGUCUUUGUCUGUGUCUGUCUCUCAGCUGAUUUUUCAAGAAAUUAAUCUACCUACAUUCUUUUUUCUUUUACCAGUCAGUUGAAAUUUCCUCAUUGUGAACAGAUUAAAAAAAGCAAUCUAGUCUUUUUCUUUUAUAAAAGCAAUACAUUUGUUUAAUAGCAUCCAGAGUCUGUAUUUUAAUAAAACCAAUCUGUGUUCUAUUAAAAUAAGUGUCUCCUGAAUAAACCAUUGUUCCCGAACAUGGCUGUGUCCGCAGCUCAUCGCUCCCCCAGGGGAUACAUUAAAUGCAGAGAAAAAAUGUCACACACCAGUAUGUGUGUCAACUACUGUUACUAAUCUUUAACUUUUAUUUCUGAGCCAUUAUAUCCUCUUGCCACUAGGUGGCAGGAGUGCAUUUACCUGACUAGUUCAGCUGUGCAGAAUGACUGAAAACAGCACAUUUAGCCUAUUAUUCACCAUCUGAUCAGUGAGUAAAAGUGAAAAGUGCUCUGUUAAGACUUUAUUCAUGAGCAAACCAAGAACCUGGUUGACUUGCAGCAGAUUUUAACUGUGGCAGAAUAAUUUAUAUAAAGCAGAUCAACAUGCUACUGAUUUUCUUUUUCAUUCACCUUCUGGAAAAUAAAUUUUGAUAACUGCACCUGAAGAAGCAUCUUGGUAGUACUGCUGCCACAUAACAAGAAGGUUGCUGGUUCAAAUCCUGGCUGUUGCCUUUCUGCGUGGAGUUGUUCUCCCCCAGAAUGUGUGGAUUUUCUUCCACAGGCCAACAACUUUUUUGUCCAGGAUAACUGAAGUCUCUGAAUUUUCCCCAGGUGAGAAUGGGGUGAGACUGGUCGUCUUUGUGUGUUUGUGAUGGACUAGUGACCUGUCCAGCGUGUCCCCAGCCUCUUGCCUAAUGGAGACAGACACCAGCCCCCUGUGAGGAAAACGUGGUAGAAAUAAUGAGUGUGAGUGCACCUGAGGAAGCUUUUGUAUAAAACCAUAAAUGUGGUGUUUGUCUCCGCCUAGUGGCCUCAGAGAGAAAAGACACGGGUUUCUUUACCUUGUCUUAAUGGGCCGCUUUUCAUAUAUCACACCGGUCUGAGUAAAAUUUAACCAGCAGCACUGCAGCUCCAGUUAAAUAUUCACCCCUCUGUCUGCCUCUCGCAGCAGAUGAUAAGGAAAUUACAUCCAAAGCAUAAAGACAAACCAGUUGGUCAGAUUUUUCAGUUCAUGCACACUUUUUUCUUUUGUUUUUAUAAAAGGCAAAGCUUAAUUUAAAAAUAAUUUUGUGCAUAGUAAAACAUGUAAAACCUGUUUUUCUUACAUGUUACACCAGAUGAUGUGUUUGCAUAAACCAAGAUGCAACUUGGAUUUAAAAAAUACAAGUAAAAAUCCCAUCUGAUGAGAAUUGUGCUCAUGCACAUCUUCCGUUCAUCAUUAUUAAUUUUUAAAUUAUUAUUAUUAUGCCAUUGUUUGCUGUUAAGAAUAACAUUACACUUGUUU